GACUUUUGCACAGCAAAAAGGUAAAGAUGAAACUGUGAUUCUCAGUUGAAAAUGCUUCUUUUAGCUUACACGCUUUAUCCUCAGCCCUGUUACUGAGGUACAGAGGAUUAGCUUUGUUCGUUUCACACUUUCUUUCUCUGACAUGUUUUUUGACCAAGCCGAACAUCAUCAAGAAGGGAUGCGGUAUGUACCCGUUUGGUGGCUGGUGUGUGGCGCAAUUUGUGUGCGCUGUAGAUGUGCAAGGCUUAGCGGAAACUCAGGCGACCAUUUUUGGCCACUUGUUUGUGACGCAGUGCUGAAGUUCCCCUCACCCGCUGCUGCGCUGUCAAGUGUCUCUGAGAACCAGAGCUGAAGGACGUGGAGUGAAGCUGUGCUAUGGAUGUGGUUGCAAAAGAAGGCUCCCUGUUUAUACAGGGGGUCAAAUUUGGAAAAAGGAUCUGGCGGAAGACCUGGGUGAUCCUGUUUGAGCCCAGUCCCACGGGGAUCGGUCGAAUAGAGAUGUACGACAUGCGAGACGGAGUGUCCCCCCUUAAGCCCGCGGGGCUGAAGAAGGUCGACAAGCGGGUGGUCCGGCUGGCUGACUGUCUUAGCAUCACUCCAGCCCCAGGGGAGAGUUGCCCCACUGAGUGCGCCGCUUUCUACCUGAACACCGCCGAGCGCACCUACACGCUGGCAGGCCCCAAGCAGGACGAGUGGGUGCCCACCCUCUGCCAGCUGGCCUUUCAGAAGAACGAGGGGGGCGGCGACUCGAAGAGAACGCAGAGAGACGACACGUCCAUGUCUGACAACGACCUCUACUCCACCUGGAGUCCAGGCCAAUACCAGGUGAAAGUGCUGAGCUCUCAGGCGUCUGUGCGGUGCUGCAUGUCCGGAUCGUACCUGUUAUCCCCAGAGAAAGAUGCCCUGUGCCUUCUGGACCUGAACACUGGAAAGACUGCGUUCUACUGGCCGUACCGGUUUCUGCGUAGAUUUGGCCAGAUUAAGGGGGGGGUCACUAUUGAGGCUGGCCGUCGCUGUCACACAGGGGAGGGUCACUUCACUUUCCUGUCCAAGCAGGGGACUCAGAUCUACAGGGCCAUUGAGGAGGCAAUCAUGCACCAGAGCGUUCAAGACCUGCUGUCCAAAGCAACCUCUCAGAUGCAAGAUUCGACAACCCAGCAGCCUCCACCAAGACCAUUGAUAGAUGACCGGAUGAAAGGUGGUCAGGGUUCACCAACCAGGGGCAUGAAGGACAGACCCUGCCCGCCGCUUUCUCGGAGAAAUCUCGCUUUACCGGCUCCUCCGGUACCUAAAGCGCUUCCAGCACCUCCAGCACCUCCAGCACCCCCAGCACUUCCCGCAGUCAGCACCAAACCCCCAGUAAUCUUCAACAAACCCCCAGCAGUGAGAACCAAACCCCCAGCAGACACCACUGAAGAAGUUUUAUACGCCACCAUAAAACCUAAACCAAAGCCCAGGGUCAAAACUGGACCUCCGAAGAUUCCCCAACUGCCCCCUGUGCCCAACUACAGCCCCCCCGAACCCAAGCAGAAACAAGAGGAAGAGCAGGAAACAAAUAAGCUUUGCAUAUCCGAUGAAGACCCUGAUUCUGACUACUGUAACUUGAGGCAGGUGCCUGAAGUGCAGCAGGACAUUCCUAACACAGAGACGGUUUACAGUGUAGUAGUGACUCCCGACAGACAGGAGAACAAAUGUAGCAUGGAGGCCAGCCAAGAUCAAACCACACCCAACCAAAAUUCUCUCACCAUCAGCCCCCCCGAAAUCUCCGUCGACUUCAAACAAGUGCUGUCCAAUGUCCUCUUCAAAGACCUGACCCGGAUCGCGCCCAGGUCAUACGGAGGGAGCUCUGAACGCUUGGCUAAACUGGACGUUGAGAUGGAUGAUGUGGAUUACUGCGAGAUCAACAACUGA